ACACUACAAAAAGAGAAGGAGGAGAUGGAAAAGAAGUUUGAGGGAACUGUGCAGAAACUGGGUUGGCAACAUCAGGAAGAGCUCCAGGCACUUGAAGAACGCUUACAGUUACAAUAUAGUGCUGAAAUAGAGCAUUUGCAAGAGAACCAUCAGGUCCAGCUUGACAGAAUCAAGAGUCAGCAUCAAGAACAGGUGGAAGACAUUGCAGCAACUCAGGAAAUGGCAGUCUUAGAGAUGGAAAAUAGCCACGCAAUUGCCAUUGCAGAACUUCAGGAUGAAUAUGAGCACAAAGUUCAAGAAAUGAAGUCUGCUCAUGAGCAGGAAAAAAGAGAACUUGAAGAAAAUUUUGAAAAGUUGCGCUUGUCACUCCAGGACCAGGUAGAUACUCUCACUUUUCAAAGCCAGUCUCUAAAGGACAAAGCAAAACGAUUUGAAGAGGCAUUGAAGAAAAACACUGAAGAACAACUAGAGGUUGCACUGGCUCCAUAUCAGCAUUUAGAAGAAGAUAUGAGGAGCCUAAAGCAGGUUCUGGAGAUGAAGAAUUUACUCAUUCAUCAACAAGAAAAGAGGAUCAUGGAGCUAGAAAAACUGGCAGAAAAGAACUUAAUUCUAGAAGAAAAAAUUCAAGUACUUCAACAACAAAAUGAAGACCUCAAAGUCAGGAUUGAUCAGAACACUAUGGUGACAAGACAGUUAUCUGAAGAAAAUGCUAAUCUCCAAGAAUAUGUUGAGAAGGAAACCAAGGAAAAAAAGAGGCUGAGCAGGACAAAUGAAGAGCUGCUGUGGAAACUGCAGACAUCAGAGCCCAUGAGCCCUGUUAAACUGUCUCCAACAUCUCCUACACACAUUUAUCGCUCUUCAUCGGGACCCCCAACGCCAGCUAAAGUCAGCACAGUACCAAGAUGACAGACCAGUGCAGCUACUUAAAUAGACUUGGCCCAGUUUAUGGAAAAUUGCAGUCCAAGCAAGCUGUUAUGAACUGCAGUGAAAGCAUAUACUGGGGGUUUGUUGUUGUACCAACAUGUUCUCUAGUUCCUUAUGACUAAGCAAUACACUUUUGUCAUUUCAGCAUCAGAAACUCAUAGAACCGGCAUAUGAGGCCAAAAAAAUAGCAUAAGCCAAUGUAGUCUGAUGCAUGGAAACAUCCUCUGGGUUUAGAGCCCAAAGCACUGGAAAACUCUUACUAUUACUUAUCAUUCACUCCAAAUGAUUUUUUUUUCCCCACAACAGUAUUUCAGGUUAGUUGCAAACUCAAGUUUUGAAUAGCUCUGCUUACAUCUAUGGCUUUGGUGAGGUAUGGAUUGUAUUGGAAUCCAUGCACAAAAUGUGCUCUACAUACAGAAGGCCUACAUACACAGCUUUGCAUGUGUAACUGAAGCUGUUCUGAAUUGCAAUUUUUCAUGAACUAAUUCUGCAAAAAGUGCUGAUAUUUUCAAGACAGCAGUUUUCUAAUACGUG